UCUACACACACCGUACGCCACAUGAAUGACAGACAGUAGCAAAGAUGGCGUUGAAGGAGCUAUCAUCGCUGGAGAAAUUUCUGGGACUAAAAAAGCAUAACAAGUACAGUACACAGGGAGACAACAAGGUACCAGUGUUGCAGAGCAAUAAUGGGCCUAUGGUAGGAUUACUGACGGUCUGCAGCCACCUGGUGAAUGAGGCCAAGCGCCCCGAGUUGCUGGGCACGUCCACAGAACACAGGGCCAUGGUGCAUCAGUGGCUGGAGUACAGAGUUACCAAAGUGGACGGCUGUACCAGGGAAGAAGCCAAGACCGUUCUUAAGGACCUCAACCUUUACCUGCAAGACAAGGUCUACCUGGCAGGCAACUGCUUCACCCUGGCCGACGCCCUCAUGUAUUACGGACUUCACCCACUGGUUGUGGACCUGGCCGUCCACGAGAAGGAGCAUUACGUCAACGUGACCCGGUGGUUCGACCACCUCCAGCACUACCCCCGCCUCCGCCACCACCUGUGCCCCGUGGUGGUGCUCAGAAACAGAGUGUACAUCAGCGGACACCACUGAGACGUUAGAUCCACCACCACCACCACCACCACCUGGUCUCCGAGCUCCCUGACGCCCUCACCGGGGUAGGGAUGAACUCGGACCAUCUUCUGGGAAAAUGUGUUCACCUCCACCACCCCAACCCCGGGGAAAAGACUUGCUGCUUUUCACAAAUGCCAGGAAGGCUUUCGUGUCUGCUUGUUCCUAUAUUGUCUUCAUGUUUGUGUUAACUAUUUCCCAGCUCUGACCUGUAAUCGUGACUUGAAUACUGAGGUACAUGUGGUGGGUGAGGGGGCUUUCGUUUUUCAGUAAGUUAUCCAGACAAUAUCAACACCUUCAGGGUCUGCUAAAUGUUUUUUUCUUUAUGUGGAUCCAACAAGGGAAAAUAUAUCGACAAUGAACUUCAAAGUAGCAUGCAAAGUACAUUUCAUUGUCUAUCUUGCUGCUUUGUCUUUGUGACUCAGACAAUAAUCCUGUUCACCUGAACAGCUUUUUGUCAACAACUACCCAAACUACCAGUAAACGACAUAUAAAUACCC